AUUAGAUUAGCUACAUCCUAUUUGAUUUAUUUUUCUAAUCUAUGACACUUUCCAGGAAAUGACCUUCCUUGAGAUUUUCUCUAAUCUAAUCACUUUCUAGGAAAUCAUCACCUUUCACACACGACACAUCUGUUCCUCUUUUUUUCCUACUUCCGUACCUCUAUAUAAACCCUACCAAUGAUGGUCUACUACAUCUGAUUUCAAUAAAGGCUCAUCAGUACUGUCACAAUUAGCAAACGAUCAUUUCUGGGUUCUGCUUAGAUUUCUUUUUCUGGUCAUGGAUGUACUUGGUGUUAACAUGAAGGGCAAGAAACAAGCCAGGAGAAGAAGUACUAAAAAGGGUAUCAAAGUUGUCUACAUAUCUAGCCCUAUGAAAGUUGAGACUAGUGCCUCAAAAUUUAGGGCUCUUGUGCAAGAACUCACCGGAAAAGACUCCGACGCUGCUCGAUUUAUGGACUUUAAUGGUGUUGAUAACUCUCCUGAAAUUCUCGACCAAAGAACUGUAGAUGAGCCAAGAUCUUUAGUCCCUUUGAUGGACUCUUACAACGAGUCAUCGUCUCCUGGUUCCGAUUCUAUGUUCGAGUCUUUCGAUAGAUUUUUGCCGCCUAUGCAAGGGAGUUUUAUGAGCAUGUUUCAAUCAAAUCCUUUCCAUGAAUCUUCUCUUGAGCUAGAUGUGUUUAACUAGAAUCUUUAAUAUAGGUAUGUAUAUGGCUUGUAUGAGUCUUGUAUGAGCUCUUUCUGUUUUGUCAUUCUUCUUUUUGUUAUACAUAUAUAUAUGUAAAUUAAUCCCAGUUUAGAUAUUAAGCUUCUCAAUAUAAUUCUGUUUUGUUGCUAAUUAA